CACAAUGACCUCCUCUUAUAUAUGAAUCAUCAACGCAACCCCAACACUACUUUGAAUCUCCCCAUUUUCUCCCUAAAACCAAAAAUAAAAAAUAAAAAAAUAAAAAAAAAAAUAAAGAGAAAGAAAAUUUUAAACUCAUUAAAAACAAAAGAAAAAAAAAGAGAGAAAAAAGAAAGAGAAAAGAGCCGUUAUGAUCCCCGAUCUCAACCACCCCAUCCUCUACGCCUGCGUCGCCCACGGCGCCACCGUCCUCGCCGAGCUCGUCCCCGGAGGCGGCGGCGGAGGCGACGUCGCCGCCGUGGCGCGGCGGUGCUUGGCGGCGGCGCCGCCCUUCCACCGGGAGUACUCGCACACCGCCGGGGGCCGGAUCUACGCCUUCGCCAUGGCCGACCCCCUCGUCCUCUUCGCCAUCGCCGACUCCUCCCUCGGCGCCCCCCGCGCCUUCCUCUUCCUCCGACGCCUCCGCCGCUCCACCGCCCGCGGCGGCGGCGCCGCCGCCGCGCCCCUCUCCCUCCAGUCGGAGCUCCGCCGCCUCGCGCUCGCCCUCCCCGACGAGGUCGACGACCCUCCCCCUCCCUCUCCCUCUCCCUCUCCUCCUCCCACACCCCCCUCGCCUCUCAACGAGACCAAUAACGAGCCUCUGAAGACGGGGACGGGGGAGGAGGAGAAGAAGAAGAGGAAGAAGAAGAAGCAGAAGCAGCAGCAGCAGCAGCAGCAUCCCUUGGACGGGGGCGAUGGCGCGAUGGAGAUAUCGGUGGCCGCCGACGCCGCCGAUCCCCUGCCGAAGUCGAUGCGCAUUGCGUGGCGGCAGCACCUCCGCGCGAUCCUCCUCAUCGAUCUCGCCGUCUGCGGCCUCCUCUUCGGGAUCUGGAUUUCGGUUUGCAAGGGGUUUCACUGCAUCCGCCGGACUCCGAACCUUGACAGAGACUGUACUGGUGAUGAGAAAAGCAAUUUGGCUAGAAGACCCCACGAAGGGGAGAGGAAGAUUAAAAAGCACAUAGCUAUGUGUAAACAUAUAAAUGCCGUCUUAUUUAGUUGCAUUCCACUAUACAGUGUAUAGUAGAAAGAGGAGUGAUAUACAAUGUGUCCAUUUUAAGGUGAACCUAGUUAGGAUUAUACAACUGUUGGAAGAGACUGGAAGCUUUUAUUGAUCUAUGGCCGUUGAUGUAUACUUGUCUUUGAUCUUUUGUUUAUACUUUGCCAAAAAUGAGUUGUAGCUUGAACAAAACAUCAUGAA